AUGCUCCGUAGAAAAUCCUGGAAUAAUGCUGGUGUCGUUGUUGUUGCUGGCGUUCCUGCUGUCGCUAUUGUUGCUACUACUCUUGAUUCUGCUGGUUUUGUUGUUGCUGUCGCAGCUUUUGUUGCUCUUACUGCUAUCGUUGUGGUUGUUGCUGAUAUUGCUCACCGCAGUCAAUACCUCGCCUUUCGCUCAUGGUGGGAGGGAAGAAACUGA